AUGGGGGCUCCUCCAUGCAAGGCCAAGGGGCCCUGGCUGCAGCUCCAGAGACUGCUGAGCUCCUGGCUGGCCAGAGACUGGGACCAGCGCCUGGACGAGGUCCACAUGCUGCAGCAGAAGAGCAUUCGAGAGUCUCCCUUGCUCUGCGCAGCCAAGGAAAACGACCUGGGUGUCCUGAAGAAACUUCUGCUAGACCGCACCUGCGACUUUGGACAGAGAGGGGCGCUGGGGGAGACGGCCCUGCACGUCGCCGCGCUCUACGACAACCUGGAGGCCGCGCAGGUGCUGAUGGACGCGGCCCCGCAGCUGGUCAAGGAGCCCACCACGCGCGAGCCUUUCGUAGGCCAGACUGCCCUGCACAUAGCCGUGGUGAACCAGAACGUGAACUUGGUGAGAGCCCUGCUGGCGAGGCCAGCCCCGGGGGUCCGGCCUCGGUCCCGGCUCUCAGGCCAGCGCCCCCCUGCGCCCCCAGGGGAGCACCCCUUGUCCUUCGCUGCCUGCGUGGGCAACGAGGAGAUCGUGCGGCUGCUCAUCGAGCACGGAGCUGACAUCCGGGCCCAGGACGCCCUGGGGAACACGGUGCUGCACCUCCUCAUCCUCCAGCCCAACAAGACCUUCGCCUGCCAGAUGUACAGCCUGCUGCUGUCCUACGACGGGCGCGGUGACCACCUGCAGUCCCUGGAGCUGGUGCCCAACCACCAGGGCCUCACGCCCUUCAAGCUGGCGGGCGUGGAGGGCAACACCGUGAUGUUCCAGCACCUGAUGCAGCGGCGGAAACACAUCCAGUGGACAUACGGGCCGCUGACGUCCACGCUCUACGACCUCACGGAGAUCGACUCUUGGGGGGAGGAGGUGUCCUUUCUGGAACUCGUGGUCUCCUCCAAGAAGCGAGAGGCGCGCGAGAUCCUGGAGCAGACCCCAGUGAAACAACUGGUGAGCUUCAAGUGGAACAAAUACGGGCGCCCGUACUUCUGCACACUGGGGGCCCUGUACGUGUUCUACAUGGUCUGCUUCACCAUGUGCUGCGUCUACCGACCCCUCAAGUUCCGGCUUGACAACCGCACUGACCCCAGGGACAACACCAUCCUCCAGGAGAAGCUCCUCCAGGAAGCCUAUGCGACUCAGCAGGAUAAGUUCCGACUGGUGGGGGAGCUGGUGACAGUCAUCGGGGCGCUGGUCAUUCUGCUCCUAGAGAUCCCGGACAUCUUCAGGGUUGGUGCCUCUCGCUACUUCGGACAGACUGUUCUCGGGGGGCCGUUCCACGUCAUCAUCAUCACCUACGCCUUCCUGGUGCUGGUAACCAUGGUGAUGCGACUGGCCAACAUGAACGGGGAGGUGAUGCCCAUGUCCAUCGCCCUGGUGCUGGGCUGGUGCAGUGUUAUGUACUUUGCUCGAGGAUUCCAGAUGCUGGGCCCCUUCACCAUCAUGAUCCAGAAGAUGAUUUUUGGAGACCUGCUGCGUUUCUGCUGGCUGAUGGCUGUAGUUAUCCUGGGCUUUGCCUCAGCCUUCUAUAUCAUUUUCCAGACAGAGAAUCCAGCCAAUCUGGGCCAUUUCUACGAUUACCCCAUGGCCCUGUUCAGCACCUUCGAGCUGUUCCUCACCAUCAUCGACGGGCCCGCCAACUACGACGUGGACUUGCCCUUCAUGUAUGGUAUUGUCUACUUUGCCUUCGCCAUCAUCGCCACGCUGCUCAUGCUCAACCUGUUCAUCGCCAUGAUGGGCGACACCCACUGGCGGGUGGCCCACGAGCAAGAUGAGCUCUGGAGGGCCCAGGUGGUGGCCACCACCGUGAUGCUGGAAAGGAAGAUGCCACGCUUCCUGUGGCCUCGGUCAGGGAUCUGUGGGUACGAGUAUGGGCUGGGAGACCGCUGGUUCCUUCGAGUUGAGAACCAUCAUGACCAGAAUUCUUUCAAAGUGCUUCGUUAUGUGGAAGCUUUCAAGAACUCAGAUAAAGAGGAUGGACAAGAGCAUCUUUUUGAGAAACAACCUUCUAUGCUUGAAAAUGGGGGUCUAGCAAGACCCUACUCAGCUCUCCCAACCCCCUCCUUGUCCCGUACCACCUCCCGCAGUAGUAACAGUCACCGGGGCUGGGAGAUUAUUCGUCGCAACACCCUGGGGCACUUGAAUCUUGGAUCAGACCUCGGUGAAGGAGAUGGAGAGGAGAAAGUCUACCAUUUAUAA